CCGCUGACUCUGGACCGUACUUCUCGCUUCCUAUGAUGGGGGAGUGUUCGUCUCACUAAGUUCAGAGUUGAGGCCCUUCGGGCUACUGCGGUCGCUCCUCUCCGAAAGCUUUCUCUGCGUAGGAUGUCUCCUUUAUGAGAACGUUGCCCGCUGCUUGCCAGUCCCGCAGAGUGAGCGGCGGCGCCUUCCCUCACAGUUACCCCUCCGCCCACUUGGUACAGCCCUGACGUCUUCCUCGCCUCCCGACCUCCACCGUCCCAAGCCCGUCCAAGAUGGCGGCGCCCUUGUGCGGCGGCCGGCUCGGCCUGCGGGUGGCCGUCGCCGGGGUCCCAGAGCUGCUGUCUGCCUGCCGCGGCCUCCACACCACCGCGGUUUGCUGCAAGAACCGAGCGGCCCGGGUCCGAGUGGGGAAGGGAGACAAGCCGGUGACGUACGAGCAAGCCCACCCUCCGCACUACAUUGCCCACCGCAAGGGCUGGCUGUCCCUGCACACCAGUAACCUGGACGGGGAGGAGGGCGCCGCCGAGAGGACGGUGGAGGACAUCUUCAUCCGCAAGUUCAUAUACGGCACCUUCCCGGGCUGCUUGGCCGACGAGGUGAUCAUCAAGCGCAGGGCCAACCAGCUGAUCAUCUGCAUGAUGGUCCUGCAGCGCCUGGCGCCCUCCAAGAUGUACUUCCUGGUGGGCUACACGGAGGCGCUGCUCUCCAACUUCUACAAGUGUCCGGUGCACCUGUGCCUGCAGACUCUGCCCACCAAGCAGGUGUACAAGUACAUCUAGGAGCCCCGUGGUGGGGGCAGCCCCCGCCCCUGGACUCGCGGACUGGUUCAUGGCUACUAGUGAAGAAAGCCCCAGCCAUGUCUGUUAAUUAAGAGGGGCAGUGGUCUCUGCUGCUGUGAUUUUUUGUUAAAUCAAUAUUUAUAAUAAAACUUUGUUUCUGGUA